AUGGCUGGAAACAGUACUGGCUGCGGCCAGAUCAUUGAAUAUAUUCAAGAUCGUCUCUAUCUUGCCUCCUACGAUUCACCGCCAGAUUCGAGAACUCCCUUCCCCUUCCCGUUGGAACAAACCAAGUCUCCCAGCAAGCGUCGAGCUCAUCCCAGCACUCCCAGCAGCAAGAGACGCAGCCCCGUUUAUUUCACAGUGGAGGAUACCCUGUUCUACAAUGCUUUCCACGCGGAUUUUGGUCCUUAUCACAUUGGUCACCUCUAUCGCUUUGCGGUUCACUUCCAUGAGAUUCUUGGGGACCCCGCAAACAGUGACCGGGCGGUUGUGUUCUACAGCAAAACCGACGCGAAAAGCCGUGCAAAUGCCGCAUGUCUGGUUGCUUGCUACAUGGUUCUGAUCCAAUCGUGGCCCCCGCAUCUGGCUUUGGCGCCCAUCGCACAGGCGGACCCCCCGUACAUGCCUUUCCGUGAUGCUGGAUACAGCCAAGCGGAUUUCAUCCUGACCAUCCAGGAUGUCGUCUAUGGUGUCUGGAAGGCCAAGGAGAGCUCUCUGUGUGGGUUACGUGAGUUUAAUCUCGAAGAAUACGAGAAGUUCGAACGAGUCGACAUGGGUGACUUCAACUGGGUUACACCGCACUUCGUCGCAUUUGCCUCUCCACAACACCAUCCAAUUACCCCCAUUCCUCCAAACUCGAAGGAAUAUGCGGCUUUGCCUUCCACGGCCUCCGAAGUUCUUGCUUCCAAACUGCCUCUUUCUUUCAAGAAUGUCCUCGCCCACUUUGCCUCGCGGGACGUGGGCUUGGUUGUGCGACUGAACUCCGAACUCUACUCUCCCUCGUACUUUACAGCUCUCGGGAUCACCCACAUUGACAUGAUCUUUGAAGAUGGAACAUGUCCCCCAUUACCGUUGGUUCGGAAGUUCAUUAAAAUGGCACAUGAGAUGAUUGCUAAGAAGAAGGGCAUCGCUGUCCAUUGCAAGGCUGGACUUGGUCGCACCGGAUGUCUCAUUGGUGCAUACCUGAUCUACAGGUAUGGCUUCACCGCCACUGAGAUUAUUGCCUUCAUGCGGUUCAUGCGUCCUGGUAUGGUGGUUGGGCCGCAACAACACUGGCUGCACCUGAACCAGAAUGCAUUCCGCGAGUGGUGGUACGAGGAUUCGAUGAAGGAGAAGCUGGCUCAGGUAGCCACGCCCGUCACACCAGGCAGACCGACCACCAAGCAACGGGUUCAGCAUACCCCCGUUACGGUUGCGACGCCACCCUCGAAGCGUGCAGCUUUGGGAGAAAUUGAUCACAACGAAGUGGGAUCCCACCAGGCCGAAGAGAACCUUCCCGCACCAACCCCCGGGCAACCACGAAAGUCUCACCGCAAGGAUUCACGGCAUCACCCAUACGCCCGCACCGCAUCUGGCGGUAUUGUGAUGGAAAAGGACGCACGCAGGACUGGGGAGCACUCCAGUCACCGGAGCCAGCGCGACAGCAGCGAAAGUGAAGAGGAGAUCCAACUCCGCCGGCUUGCCAAGCGUUCUUCCAAGUCCCCCGUGGCAUCUCCAAGCCACCGUUCUGUCAGCUACUCAGCUACCGUCACCCUGGCCGAUGAUAUCCAUGAGGAUCAGGAGAAUUGGGGUGAGACAACGUACGCGGCACCCAAAACCCCCAAGACUCCCAAGACCCCAGGUGGCACCAAGACCACUAGUGCCCCUAUAUCCGUGAGCAAAGUCCGCUCAAGCCCUCGCCGGGUAACAGACAGCAAGAGCGAAUCCCGAGGGGUCCGCAAGCCCAGUGGGCGCAUCGGGAGCGCUGGGAGUCCUGUUAGGGUGAAGUGA